UUCAACACUUUCUUCUCUGCUACUGCCAUUGGUGAGGUUGAUCUCAACAAGAUCGAGCCUUGGGACUUACCUUGGAAGGCUAAGAUGGGGGAGAAAGAAUGGUAUUUCUUUUGUGUAAGAGACCGGAAAUACCCAACCGGUUUAAGGACAAACCGGGCAACAGAAGCCGGUUAUUGGAAAGCCACAGGUAAAGACAAAGAGAUUUUCAAAGGGAAAUCACUUGUUGGUAUGAAGAAAACUUUGGUUUUCUAUAAAGGAAGAGCUCCUAAAGGAGUUAAAACCAAUUGGGUCAUGCAUGAGUAUCGUUUAGAAGGCAAAUACUCUAUUGAAAACCUUCCCCAAACAGCUAAGAACGAAUGGGUUAUAUGUCGUGUAUUCCAGAAACGUGCCGAUGGUACAAAGAUUCCAAUGUCAAUGCUUGAUUCUCGCAUUAAUAACCGAAUUGAACCUGCCGGUUUACCUUUGUUGAUGGAUUGUUCUCAACAAGACUCUUUCCCCGGUUCGUCCUCAACUCACGUGACCUGCUUCUCCGACCAAGAAACCGAAGACAAGAGUCUUGUCCACGAGUCCAAAGACGGUUCUGGUUCUCUGUUUUACUCUGAUCCUCUGUUUCUACAAGACAACUAUUCCCUAAUGAAGAUGUUGCUUGACGGUCAAGAAACUCAAUAUCCCGGUAGAUCUUUCGACGGUCAUAACCCGUCCGGUUUAGCCGGUGCGGAGGAAUUGGAUUGCGUUUGGAACUUCUGAGUUGUAUAACUUCUGUUGUAGACUUCGUAGUCAUGCGUUCGUGUGUGUGAAUGAAUAUUCUUGUCACAUUUUUUGUAAAAAAGGAGAAAAAAUGCUAGAAAGUCAAUUUUAGCUUUAGUAUUUUAA